UAUAUAUAUAUAUAUGUAUAUACUAUACUCCCACAGGAUCCAUUACUAGCUCUCUCUCUCUCUCUACAAAUCUCUCUCUCUAAAGAUAUCUCUCUCUCUCUCUAGGACAGUAAACAUGGGAGCUUUGGAUUUUCUCUCCGACUAUCUAUCAGACCAUUUCUACGUUUCAAUAAGAAAACGGAAGAAGCAUAAAGUCAUGCAGACGGUGAAUAUAAAGGUGAAGAUAGACUGUGACGGAUGCGAACGCAAAAUCAAGAACGCUGUUUCCUCCAUGAAAGGAGCAAAAUCUGUGGAAGUGAAUAGAAAGAUGAACAAAGUGACGGUAAGUGGUUACGUGGAUCCUAAGAAAGUGUUGAAGAGAGUGCAAAGCACUGGGAAGAAGAAAGCUGAGUUGUGGCCGUACGUUCCGUACACAAUGGUGGCUUAUCCGUACGCAGCUGGAGCUUACGACAAGAGAGCCCCACCGGGUUUUGUGAGGAAAUCGGAGCAGGCUCAGGCGCAGCCGGGAGGUACAGACGAUAAGCUCAUGUCCCUUUUCAGCGACGAGAACCCUAACGCCUGCACCGUCAUGUGAAUGAGUUUAGCUAGCUAGUACUUAAGUAUUGAACGGUAAGAAUUUGUUAGUAAAUGUUUUUUCUUAUAAAGUUUGUAUGUAGACUUUUUUUUGGUCUUGUGUAGAGUCAUAAACAAAGCAACUUAUGGAAAAAAAAAAUAUGUACUGUGUUAUUCUCA